ACUUCAAACCCAUUUUGCACGAAAACUCGCCUUUCAUUUUGUCCAGAAAAUCAAGUCAUUCCUCUUCUCUGCAGCGACGUAGGAACAUCCCAUCCCAACACGAAGCGAUUCGCAGAUCCCUCUGUUGUUCAGAUACAAGUGCUCCAAAAUGUCCAAACCUCAAAACGAUCCCCUUUUGCAAUCGGAAACAACUUGUGGAUCACUUCUCUAUGAACUUCAGAUAAUAUGGGACGAAGUUGGAGAGUCCGAGGCUGAUAGAGAUAGAAUGCUGUUUGAGCUUGAACAAGAGUGUCUAGAAGUGUACAGAAGGAAGGUAGAUCAGGCAAAUCGGUCUAGAGCUCAAUUAAGGCAGGCAAUUGCUGAAUGUGAGGCAGAACUUGCAGCCAUCUGUUCAGCAAUGGGCGAGCGACCUGUGCAUAUUAGGCAGUCCGAUCAAAAUGCUGGAAGCCUGAAGGAAGAGCACGAAAGAAUUCUUCCUCAAUUGGAGGAGAUGCAAAAGCGGAAGUCUGAGCGUAGAGAUCAAUUUAUAGAAGUUCAAGAGCAGAUUCAACGUAUCUCAAUCGAGAUAUAUGGUCCCAGAGAGUAUAUUCCUGCCAUUAUAGAUGAAACUGAUUUAUCCAUGAGAAAACUUGAAGAAUUGCACAGACAGCUUCAUGCACUGCAAAUUGAGAAGAGUAGUCGCUUAAAGAAGGUUGAGGAGCAUCUGUAUACAUUAAAUUCUCUUUGUUCAGUGCUUGGUUUGGACUUUAAGCAGACAGUCAAUCCAAUUCAUCCAAGUUUAGGAGACUUUGAAGGAUCUAGGAGUGUAAGUAAUGAUACCAUUCAGCAAUUGGCUGUUGCUAUACAAGAACUACGGGAAGUUAAAUUACAGAGAAUGCAGAAGCUCCAAGAUCUUGCAACAACAAUGUUGGAGCUUUGGAACUUGAUGGAUACACCUAUUGAAGAGCAACAGAUGUUUCAGAACGUUACCUGUAAUAUAGCUGCUUCAGAACAUGAAGUAACUGAACCAAACACCUUGUCUGUGGACUUCAUCAAUUGUGUAGAGGCAGAAGUAUCUAGGUUAGAAGAGUUAAAAUCAAGCAAAAUGAAAGAGUUAGUAUUAAAGAAGAGAACAGAGCUGGAGGAGAUUUGUCGCAAGACUCAUUUGGUUCCAGAAGUAGAUAGUGCAGUGGAAUAUGCUGUUGAAGCGAUAGAAUCUGGAUCCGUGGACCCUGCUUGUGUGCUUGAACAAAUUGAACUUCAGAUUGCCCAAGUCAAAGAGGAAGCUUUUAGCAGAAAAGAGAUACUUGAAAAGGUUGAGAAAUGGUUGGCAGCAUGUGACGAAGAAUCUUGGCUUGAGGAAUACAACAGGGAUGAUAAUCGAUACAAUGCAGGGAGAGGUGCUCAUCUUACUCUAAAGCGAGCUGAGAAAGCUCGAGCCUUGGUUAACAAAAUUCCAGCAAUGGUGGAUGCUUUGACUUCAAAAACUAUAGCAUGGGAAAAGGAUAAAGGCAUUCAGUUCACAUAUGAUGGCAUUCGUUUACUCUCUAUGCUUGAAGAAUACAAUAUAUUACGGCAAGAGAAAGAGCAAGAACGUCGUAGGCAGCGGGACCUGAAGAAACUUCAGGGACAAAUGAUAGCGGAACAAGAGGCAUUAUAUGGGUCAAAACCAAGCCCUUCAAAGCCUCAGAGUGUAAAAAAGGCACCUAGGAUGUCAACCGGAGGUGCAGCUAGUAGAAGAGUCUCCCUUGGUGGUGCAAUGCUUCAAACUCCAAAACCUGAUUCAAAAGCUACUCAUUCACGUGCCAUUAGAAAGAAUGACAAAGCCCACCAAAUUGACCAACUGAAUUACCUGGAUGAUGGCAUUUCGUGUUUAUCAUCAGCUAGAAGAGGACUGGAUAUUGCUGGUGUUCCAGUAAAAAAGUACUCAUUUGGUGCCGGGAGUCAAGGCACAGAAUCUCCUCUGACAAGGCAACCCUUUUCUCCCAUCUCUUCCAAUGUAUCUUCAAAAGCAAAUGUGGUAAAUGCCACAGAAGAACUGAAUAAACAGAGUGAUAAGUUACAGAAAACAAUGUCACUUAACAACGUGCCAUUCACUACUCCCUCCAAGAUCCCUACUGUGGUUGAUGAAGAGAAUAGAACUCCAAAGGCAAUGCCUAUUCCUGUCCCAGCUACACCUUCGACAGUAUCGAUUCCAAUGACUAUGGCCAUAACUCCAGUUCCUUCAUCAGUUUUGAAGAAUAUAAGCUUGAAUCCAACUCCCACAUCAGUUCCUUUUGGUGGAGGUGAAAUGGUUCAAGAGAUUGAAUAUUCCUUUGAGGAAAAAAGGCUCGGGUUUAUGUUAGCAUGA